AUGGAGGAGCAGCGGGGUCUGAACACCACGGAUAGCAGCGAGGGAGAGAGCGUGUCCCCGUCUCCCAGCCUGCCUUCGCCGCCCAUACUGCCUUUGCAGGUCGCCCAGCACCAGCAGCCCCACAGAACCACCAACUUUUUCAUCGACAAUAUUUUGCGGCCCGACUUCGGCUGCAAGAAGGAGCAGCACAGCCAGGGCGCUCGGGAGAGGGCGCAGACGUCGGGCCGGGAACGCGUCCACCCGGCGGUCAGCAGGCCGAGCCUCCCCGGGACGCCAUGCCAGGACUCCAAUUGCAGCAGUGACAGCACUUCGUCGUCGUCGUCCGCCUCCUCUGCCUCUUUGGCGAGUCCCAAGAAGAAGAGUAACGGCGGCUGUGGAGGAACCGCAGCCGCCUCCACCGGGAGCAGCGGCUUGAAAGCCGAGGAGAGAACUGGCGGCGGGGAUGGGGAGAACACGUCCUCCUCGCUGGUGGUGCUGAACGGAACCGGGGCGUCCACACCGGAGAGCCAGCCCUUGCUCUGGCCGGCCUGGGUCUACUGUACCCGGUACUCGGACAGGCCCUCAUCUGGCCCAAGGACACGGAAACUGAAAAAGUCAAAAAGCGGCAAAGAGGACAAGCGGCCUCGCACGGCCUUCACGGCCGAGCAGCUGCAGAGACUAAAGACGGAGUUCCAGGUGAACCGCUACAUCACGGAGCAGCGGCGGCAGGCUCUGGCCCAGGAGCUCAGCCUCAACGAGUCCCAGAUCAAAAUCUGGUUUCAGAACAAGCGGGCCAAGAUUAAAAAGGCCAGCGGCUUCAAGAACGGGCUGGCGCUGCAGCUGAUGGCGCAGGGACUGUACAACCAUUCCACCACCACCAUCCAGGAGGACAAGGAGGAGGACAGCGACUGA